GGCCGCUCGCUCUACGGUGGGCCGGAGCUCGUGUUCCCCGAGGCCAUGAGCCACCCCGCGCUGACCGUGCACCCGGCGCACCAGCUGGGCGCCUCCCCGCUGCAGCCCCCACACUCCUUCUUCGGCGCCCAGCACCGGGACCCGCUCCACUUCUACCCCUGGGUCCUGCGGAACCGCUUCUUCGGCCACCGCUUUCAGGCGAGCGACGUGCCCCAGGACGGGCUGCUUCUGCACGGCCCCUUUGCGCGCAAACCCAAGAGGAUCCGCACAGCCUUCUCGCCCUCACAGCUGCUGCGGCUGGAGCGCGCCUUCGAGAAGAACCACUACGUGGUGGGCGCUGAGCGCAAGCAGUUGGCCGGCAGCCUCAGCCUCUCCGAGACUCAGGUGAAGGUAUGGUUCCAGAACCGGAGGACAAAGUACAAGCGGCAGAAGCUGGAGGAGGAGGGUCCCGAGUCUGAGCAGAAGAAGAAGGGCUCCCACCACAUCAACCGGUGGCGCAUCGCCACGAAGCAGGCCAACGGGGAGGACAUCGAUGUCACCUCCAAUGACUAAGGGCAGGCAGCCAUGAACCCACGAAUGCAGACUGCUGUUUGCUGAUGGCCAGGCCCCCUGGCAGCGGGGGCAGCUGGACUCUGGUUACUCCCCUGCCGGGCUACAGGGAGGCCUUGAGUCACAGCCCCACAGGGCUUGGAGCCUGGGGCCAUCAUUGACAGAGGGACAAGACAUGGGCUGGCUGAGGCCUGGGGCCACUCGGCCAUCUCCUCGGAGAGCCUUCCUGCCUGGGUCUACCGCCCACCACCGCAGCUUCCCAGCUGCUCUCCAUUUCCUCUCUCUUACCUCCUUUUUGUUUUGAUGCAUUUCGGUUUUAAUUUAUUUUCCAGGCGCUCACUGUAGUUCUUAGUGAUCCAUUUGUGUCUCCCUUCCCUAUGGGAAUAAUAAAGUCUCUCUCUCCAUGA